AUGACCAUCCAACAUCCUCGGCUUCUUCUCGUAGACUCAUACGACUCCUUUACACACAACCUUGCUGCUCUUUUCCGUCAAGCUAUCCCCAAUGUUUCUAUAACCAUUAUCAAGAACGAUAACUAUCGACUUGACGAAUUGCGACCAUACCUUCCUUACUUCUCAUUCAUCGUUAUAGGCCCUGGACCCGGAUCUCCUGACAAUGCGGAAGAUAUAGGAGUGGUCCGAGAUCUUUGGUCUUUAAAAGAUCAAGAUAUACUACCCAUCUUUGGUGUUUGUUUGGGUCUUCAAAGUUUGUCUAUCGCACAUGGAGCACGCCUCAAGAGGCUGAAUGUCGUCAAGCAUGGUUUGACAUCGUUGAUAGAACACAAGUCAACAGAUUUAUUCAGCAACGUCGGUUCUGUAAAGGCUGUCCGAUACCACUCGCUUCAUGUAGAUCUGGAGGAAGGAGGAGAUAUAGAAGAACUUGCUUGGACACAUGAUGAAGGAAAUGGCAAAGUCGUUAUGGCAGUCCGGCAUAAACAUCGGCCAUUUUGGGCAGUUCAAUAUCACCCUGAAUCUGUAUGUACAGAUGGAGGUGGCGUAGAGGUGAUCCGUAACUUUUGGAAGUUAGCGCAAUUUUGGUCCAACGACCAAGGACGGGGCAUCAUCCCCGGGAACCAUAAAUUGAGCGAAUUUGGCACACCUUGGCCCUAUUUAUCCCCCCCAUCGUCAUUAACAACUCCAGUUUCAUCCUCAAGUGUUUUGACAUUGUCGUUAGAGCGCAACGACCUCGGCAUUGUCGAUAUCUGCGAAUGUUUUGGAGCAUCAGACGAAACAAGCAAUUUUGCACUCCUUGAAUCGGCAUCGAACCCUGGUCGAUAUUCCAUCCUGGGGUGCCUUUCUACGUCAACGCUUCAGAUAAAAUAUCGCGUCGGAGAAUCCUUUCUAUCCCUCACCAAGAACGGGGGCACAACUCGGGAAAAUCUUGGUGAACUCGAUAUUUGGGCAUGGCUCUCCAACUUCAUGCAAACGAAAAGUUAUCGCGGAGAUCCUUGCGUACCGUUCUGGGGUGGUUUUGUCGGCUACCUGAGUUAUGAACUCGGUUUGCAGACACUUCAUGUUCCUUUGCGAAGAGAUACCGAUACACCCUGCACGAAUAAACAUCCUGAUGUCAAUUUAGUGUUCGUUGAACGCAGUAUUGUCAUUGACUCUCACACGUCUCGCAUAUUCGUUCAAUCUAUUGCUCCUGACGACGAUCUUUGGGUAAGCGAAACAUUUGCGAAGCUUGAGUACCUUCCACCAUCUUCAUCAUCUGCAAUCUCUCCCCACCCAGUCACGAAUGCCUAUGUUAUGCUCCCAGAUAAAUUUCACUAUAUCUCCAAAAUUAAACAGGCCAAAGAACAUCUCUUUGCAGGUGAUUCAUAUGAGCUAUGUGUCACUGCUCCAACACGUAUCUCAGCACCCCCUCUCACUUCAAAACCUUCAAAAUCAAGUUCAUGGGAACGAUACAAAUGCCUACGGAGAUCAAACCCAGCUCCACAUUCAGCUUACUUACGUUUGCACCCGUCCACCCUGUUGUCUUCAUCUCCGGAACGAUUUCUAUCGUAUUCUCGUUCACCUGGGUCGACUUGCCAAUUACGCCCAAUAAAGGGCACAAUUCGCAAAGGACCCAAUGUCACUCGAGCUGUUGCAGAGCGUGAAUUAGUUGGAAACCCUAAAGAGGUCGCCGAAAAUCUGAUGAUUGUGGAUCUUAUUCGACACGAUCUUCACGGAGUUAUUGGUGAAGACGUCCUCGUCAAGCAAUUUUGCUCCUUGGAAGAAUAUGAAACUGUGUGGCAACUUGUUAGCGUCAUUGAAGGGAAACUAGAUGACAAUUUUCAAUCUUCACGCCCAACGAAAGACAUAUUGGGUUGGAGGGUUCUGAAAGAAAGUCUUCCUCCUGGUAGCAUGACAGGGGCGCCUAAAAAGCGUAGCGUCGAGAUUCUGCAAAACUUAGAAGGCGAAGAACGUGGUAUUUAUUCUGGUGUGUUUGGAUACUGGUGUGUUGGUGGUAAGAUUGGGCUCAUCAGGAACCAGCACCCCCUUAGUCUAACACGUCAGAAAUGCUGGAUUUUGGCCGCUCUUGGCGCCAAGCCCAUUGAUUACGUAAGGGUGCUGGUUUCUGAUGAGCCCAAUCUUAGUGGCGACUGGUCGGUAACCAUCCGUAGUUGCUUCAAGUUUGAUGAAGAAGGGACAUUGGCUGAUCCGGAAGAUUUGUUUCAUAGACGUGAAGAAUGGACUGUAGGUGCAGGUGGUGCCAUCACUGCCCUUUCUGAUCCAGAAAAUGAAUGGGAUGAGAUGGUUACCAAACUGCAGAGCGUACUGCGAUGCUUCUAG